AUGACUAAUAAGAAUGAUCAAAUUGAGAUUUCAACCCUUGGUAAAUUAGCUGCUCAUGUCCCUGAUAUCAUUGUGUAUGGAGAUUUUGCUCAGGAAAUGCCUUUUAUUGAAAGCUUUGAUGGUGUUCUGCUUUUUAUGGACAUUUCAGGUUUCACAGCUCUGACAGAAAAGUUUAGCAUGAACACCAGCUUGGAUCGUGGUGCUGAUGAAUUAACACAGACCCUUAAUCACUAUGUGGGUGAUAUUGUUGAAGAGGUACUGGUGUUUGGAGGUGAUGUCUUGAAAUUUGCAGGUGAUGCACUGUUGGCGCUCUGGAAGGUAGAGCGGUGCCAUUUAAAUGAGAUUAUUACUCUGGCACUGAAGUGUAGUUUCAGCAUCCAACAAGAAUAUGGUGUUCGUGAUACUGAAGUGGGACUUGAGCUACGAGUGAAAAUAGGACUCUCUGCAGGUCACAUCUCAAAAGUUGUCAUUGGUGAUAACAGACGACAACAUUUUGUGGUAACUGGUCGAGCAGUGGAAGAAGUACGGUUGGCCCAAAACUUAGCCAAAGCAAGUGAAAUUAUCCUGUCCCCCAACUGCUGGGAGCUCUGUGAUCGGAACUUAAUUGAGGUAGAAAAAAUUAAAAAUGAACGAGCUGUCAAGGUUAAAUACAUUCGAAAUGUCCCUGACUUUGAUACUGAUGAAUUCUUUGACAGAUGUGCAGACUAUCUGAAUCAGAAUCACAUUUGUGACAGUUUUGAGAUUUUGAGAACAGCCUCUAUAUUGGGUCCAGAUGAAGAACUUGAAAAACGCCUGCGAAAAUAUGUGAUGAAGAAUGUCCUGAAGAAGAUAGAUGAUAACCAGCCACUAGAGUAUUUGUCAGAGCUACGUCCUGUUACCAUUGUUUUUGUGAAUAUGCAGUUUGAAGAAAAUGCCAAUACGCACCAUGUGUGUAAGGCUAUCCAAGAUGCCAAUGCUAUGAUCUCUGGAACAAUAUUGCCCCUUAGUGGUAACAUUAAUAAAGUCUUCAUGUUUGACAAAGGCUGCACUUUUCUUUGCAUCUUUGGUCUUCCUGGUGACAAGCAAGCAGAUGAAAGCACAAAUGCUCUUGAUAGUGCCCAUAAAAUCCAUGCUUUCUGUUCCACAGCACUUAUGAAAGUAAAGAUUGUUUCUAUUGGGGUCACUGGUGGGCCAGUUUUCUGUGGAGUCGUUGGUCAUCGUGUGAGGCAUGAAUAUACAGUGAUUGGACGAAAAGUUAACCUUGCUGCACGGAUGAUGAUGUUUUAUCCAGGAUUAGUAAGCUGUGAUGCCCUCACUUAUUCCAAAUCUAAAUUGCCUCACUACUUCUUUGAAGAGCUCCCGUUAGUUGAGAUGAAAGGUGUUGUGAACCCUGGAACAGUCUAUCAAUUUCUUGGUAUUACAGAGAAAGCAAUGAUUUACAAAGCAUAUUUAACCAAGGAGAGAUCUGAACUUUAUCCUUUACUAGGUCGCAAGAAGGAGACUGACAUCUUUGAAAACUUACUGGAAAAAUUUAAAGAAACUAAAAUAAGCCAUGUUAUAAUAUAUGAAGGCCUCAUGGGAUAUGGAAAAAGCCAACUAGUAACUGAAAUUGCCUAUUUAGGCCAAGCUCCUGGGCAAAAGGUUGUGGCAAUGGAGCUGACAAAGAUAAAUGCAUGGCAAAACUUCUUUGCUGUCCGGACAUUGAUGGCAAUGUUCCUGGGGGUGGAUGUCUGUAAAACCUAUGAUGCAAGGCAGUAUAUCCUUCUGAGCAAGUUGCGUGGAGUUAUAGAAGAACAAUAUCUAUGCCUUUUUAACAACCUUUUUCAUGUUAAGUUUCCUACAUCAGAAGUGGUUUCUCAAAUGGAUAAUGACAGAAAGAAUAAGGAGAUUGAAACAAUGCUUUUAAAAAUUCUGAUUAAUGCAGCAGAAAAGGAAGUCCUCAUUUUUGCAAUUGAUGAAGCUCAGUUUAUUGAUAAAGCCUCUUGGGAUUUCCUGGACAAUUUACUUAAGAAUGUUCCAAUCUUUGUUGUUAUGGCUUUGUCUCCUAUCAAUCACAAGGGACGAACACUUUGUUCCAGUGCAACCCAAAUCCUGAAUAGUCCAAGCACAACUUUUAUUAAGCUAAGGGAAUUAAGUCCUUCAAUAAUUAUUCAGAAAGCUUGUCAAGACCUUGGAGUGGUCAGUAUCACCAGGGAGCUUGAAACAUUUUUAAUACAAAGGAGUCAUGGAAACCCAUUUUACUGUGAAGAACUUCUCCGAAACCUCCACUUAAACAAUGUGCUUCAAUUCCAUGUGCUGGAGGAAGAUGAAGAGAAAGAGGAUGAAUGGGACAGUCUUUUUACCACUACUGUUCUCAAGACUCAUGCAUCCAAAAUGUUAGAUGAAGAGACUGAAUUAUAUAUUUGCACAGUCAGGCAAAAUGUGAAGCUUACCACCAUCAGUCUUCCUCCAACAUUAAAAGGAAUUGCUCUGGCUGCACUGGACAAUAUGAAUCCUUCAGAGCAGAUGGUGGUGAAAUGUGCAGCUGUCAUUGGUGUGACAUUCACUACAGAGAUGCUGCUUUAUAUUCUCCCGGAAUGGACAAAAAGGAAAAUGUACCAAACUCUGGCAGCACUGGUGGAAUCCCGUAUCUUUAAGUGUUGUACUGAAAGAAAAGAAGUGAAUGUAACCCAGCGCAUGUUAUCUAAAGAGUUCAGCAUCAGCAAUAAUGAAUUGAAAUCACGUAGGCCAGAAUCAGAUCUUGGAUCAGUUAUUUCUAAUAGGCUCAAGCUAGAAGAGGCUGUGAUGCAUUGCAAAAUCAUGGAGUUUUGCACACCACUGUUGCAAGAAGCAGCUUAUGAAUUGUGGCUUAAGAAUCAGAAAAAAGCCUUGCAUUUCAAAUGUGCCAGUUAUCUGAAGUGGCUAGCUCACCGAUGCAAGUGUUGUGGGGAAGGUGAUUUCAUUCCUUAUCAUCGGUAUGCAGUAGAUGGCAUGCUUCAAAAAUUCUAUUCACAGGAAGAUAAAAUUAAGAAUAUCAAAGAGGAUGUGUUGAAUGAGGCUGCUGUGAUCCUUGUUUCAGAAACCCUUAAAAAAUUGGAAGCAUCCCACCAGGAAGGUAGCAAAAAAUCCAUAAGGUGUAAUAACUUAGCAAUAUCUUUGAAAUCUUGCUGCUUAUGUGUGAGAUCUCAAAUUAUGAUGGACCACCACCACCAGCAGCAGCAACAGCUGCAGAAUGAAAACCAGGCUCUGCAACAGCAGGUGGCCCAAUUAAUAGCUCAAAUUGCUCUGCUGCAGGCUCAUGCUGCUCCUCCUGCCCCUCCCUGUCGGAAAUGCCCGGUGGCUGUGCCGGAUAAGUUUUCUGGGCCUGAGAUGUUCCUGGCUUUCAUGGGACAGGGGGCACUCAAGCCUGUGCCUGAAUCUCAGCCUGAUCAGUUGGGAAAUGGGGCAGGCCCAACCUUGGGGGAAACCCUCGGCCAGGCACGUAUCAAACGUCAGCCUGAAUUAGCAGAGGUUGACUCUGGGCCCCUUCGGCAUCUGCUUUUGGACACUCGGGUUUUCUUGGCUAACCAGUCAGAAGGGAUUUCAGCGACUGCGUUGGUGGACUCGGGGGCCACGACUAACUUUAUGGACCAGGACUUUGCAGCCCAUUUUGAUGUCCCCUUGGUUCUGGUAGACCCUCCGAUGAGGGUCGAGACUAUUGAUGGGCGGGAACUUCUUGCGGGACCCAUUAAAUUAGCUACCCAGCCUUUGCACCUGGUCAUUGGAGACCAUGAGGAGGCGAUCCGCUUUUAUGUCACCACAGACCUCCAUUUCCCAUUAGUCCUUGGCAUGGCUUGGCUUCAGAUUCAUGAUCCUCAGGUGGCAUGGUCACGAAAAACCAUUUCUUUUCCGAGUCUGCAGUGCGUGGACCACUUACGCCACACCUGUGCUGGCCAUGGACCUUCUUCCCAAUGUACCACUGCCAAAGGGAUGUUUAUACUCCAUGUCCAAGCCCGAGUUGGCCACCCUACAGGACUUUUUGGACAAAAACUUGGCCCGAGGGUUCAUCCGGCCUUCAUUGUCCCCUCUCUCAGCCCAGUUUUCUUUGUGAAGAAGAAGAUGGGAGACUUAUGCUUGUGCUGCGAUUACCACCAGUUAAACACCAUCACGGUGUGGAAUAGCUACCCCUUGACGCUCAUUCCGGAGUUGUUGGAGAGGUUGCGGGAGGCCACUAUCUUCACCAAGCUCAAUCUUCGAGGGUCCUACAACCUGCACCUGAUGAAUGACGUGUUUCGGGACAUGUUAGAUUGGUUCAUGGUGGUGUACCUGAAUGAUAUUCUGAUCUAUUCCGGGUCCAGAGACAGCCACCUUCACCACGUUCGUCUGGUUUUGCAACGCCUUUGGGAACACCAACUUUAUGCAAAGUUGGAGAAAUGUCUUUUCUUCCAGACUUCCAUAGAGUUCCUUGGGCACAUCAUCUCUCCUGAAGACAUCGCCAUGGACCCAUGUAAGGUUGAGGCCUUGUGCAGUUGGAAACCGCCUCGUCGUGUGAAGGAUGUUCAACACUUAUUGGGGUUCGCUAACUAUUACCGGACCUUCAUCCUGGGUUUUGUCAAGCUGACAGGUCCAAUAACCCAGCUCCUUCGAAAGAAGGUUCCGUUCCGGUGGGGCUCCCCGCAGCAACAGGCUUUUGAGGCCCUCAAGAAGGCCUUCAUCGCAGAACCUGUCCUGAGGCAUCCUGAUCUGCAUCGUCCUUUUGUGGUGGAGACAGAUGCAUCCAACGUGGCUAUUGGGGCUGUGUUGUUGCAAGCCCCGGUGGAUAGCAUCACUCUUUUUCUCUGUGCUUACUAUUCCCAGAAACUCACUCCUUCCGAACGAGAUAUCCUGCGGUCAACCUUCAUCUUGCAAGAGUCCUUUAGAGCUGAAAAUUCAGAACUAGAAUUUUUAAAAAGAAUGGAUGAAAUAAUCUUGCUUACUGGCAUGAGCAAGAAAAGGACCGAGACCCCUGGCUCCCAGGACUGUGAAUGCAAAGAAAUUGUGGAGUCUGUCACUGUGCCUUUAUCUCAGCACUACUUGGCUCUAGGGGAUUAUAGUCGGGCUUUUUAUUACCUGUUGGAAUCUGCAUCUGCUUAUGUCAACCACUCCCACAACUACAUGGCCUUUACAUAUCUGAAUACAGCAGAGAGCCUCUUGAGAUCUUCGGAAUUCAAGCAUAAACUCAUUAACCAAUUUGAGGUGUCCAUUUUGUACAGCCUGAAGGGAGAGGUCUGUUACAAUAUGGGUCAAAUUACUUCUGCAAAAAAACUGCUAAAGAAGGCUUUGAGCUUACUGAAGAAAAGCUUCCCAAUAACUGUUGUAGGAGCCUUUUGCAUGUUUAUGGUGGAAACCUCCAAACAUUUGUCUCAUCAGAACAAACAAACUUUAUGGCAAAUAUCCAGUGGCAGGGAGAAGAGACUAGCAAUUCUGUUCCAGCAGGGUCACUGCCUUUCCCUACUGUGGCAGCUCUUCAAUCUGGAUGUAGCCAGAAAUAAGAAAACGUUCACCCGUUUGGCAGCCCUCAUGCAGGUGAACUGUGCAGAGGAGUCUCAAGAUGAAUCUCAGAUAAUCUCAUCCUAUAUGGAUUUCUCCCUCUGCUAUCAAAUGAUGGGUUGCCAACAUGAAUGGAUGAAGUAUGAGUUAAUGGCCAUCAAACGUAGUUCUCAUCUUCAAGUUGUUGGAGGAGGGUUACUGACAAUUGCUAAAUUAGCAUCAUCAUUGGCUUACAUGAAGCUUUGUUUGGGGAACAUGCUUUUAGCCAUCCAACUGGGUUAUCGUGCACACGAGUUAUAUGAGCAAUUGAAGAGGCCUAACCUUGACGCUAAUGUGCUCCAUGACAUUUUCAAAGCUCUUUAUCUCAGCACCAGAUAUCAAGAUUCUGUGCAAGUGUUAAGUUGCCUAGAAGAUCUCACCUUUCGAGAUGACAAUAUUAUUGGACAGUCCCUCUUCAUUUCAGGCUGUCUGAACAUUAUACUUUAUGCUGGAUUUUGUUUUAAGCCAUUUAAGUACUGCCAGGAUUUUAUUCUCGCUAAUGAAACAAACUGCAUACUUAUGUCUCAGAACAACAUCAUGUUGAGCUUGUAUUCUUCUCUGGCAAUUUGGUUUGCCAGACUUCAGCAGUGGGAUAAAUUCAUAAUACCAUUUGAAAAAGCAAGGCGGUUGGUGAGGAGAACAAGCGCUUCACUCUGUUCUAACCAUGGAUUCUGUAAGUUGGUGGAGUGUGAGACUCUGUUAUUAAGAAAAUAUAUAGAAGAGAGGCCUGACAAAGUUCGUGAGAUGCAUAACAGGAUAACAAAGAAUUUGGAUCAGAUAAUGAACCAGUGUUCUAUAAGCCCAGUGUACUAUUCCAGGGUUUACCACCUGAAGGCCUAUGUCCAGCUGAUGCUUGGGAAUGAUGAACUCAGCCAAAACUUUAUUGAGAAGGGAUUCUACAGUAGUGAUAUCUAUGGAAAUCGUUUGGAGAGAUCCUGGCUAGAGAUUAGCAAGGAGUGGUGGUUCACUGGAAAAAAACUCAUGGAAGAUUUUUGGUUAAAGGCAGUUCCAGAUUUCCCUGUAUGGAAUGUAAACAUGACAGCCCGAGAAAUGGGAGCUUUCCAUAAAAACAUGUACCUGCUGAAAGUGCCAGAACUGGAUAUAAACAAUCAAUUCCCAGAAAGUAGCAUAGAAGAAUAAUAGUGAACUGAUUGCAGGAAAUGUUGUCUGAAACAAAUUUUGAUUUAUUUGUUCUCUUGUACAAACUCCACCUUCUCCUGUGUUAAAUCCAGAAUGUAGCAUUUGGUCUGAAUGUUCUACGUUUUAAAUUUCUUAUAGAAAAAUCCUUUUAUAUUCAGCACUUUAUUCUUAUAAACAUCCUCUUAGUAGAUAGUAAUUAGAAAAGAAAUGACAGGGUAGGGUGCACUAUUGAGUGCUACUUUUUACAAUGAUUUUAUUACAUUAUAUUUUCUUGCAUCUCUAUUUUUAUCCUAUUUUGCAUGGUGCUUUUGCAAUAAUUGAACUAUUUCAGAAAACAGUUGUGGUUGCCAGCAGGUUUGGAAAAUUCAUAGCCAUUCUACAAAGGAAUUCUGCUUUCAGAAUAAGUCUAGGAAAACUAGAAAGAAGGUUGCUUUGGAUUUUCCUUCCCAAGCUACAUAAAUACAAUAUAGUUGCCAAUAUUGAAAUAUAAGGACAACUAUGUAAUUUGCAUAUGGGGAAGUUUUAUGAAAAAAUAUCUUAUUAAAUCUCUACAUCCAAAUCUUCAGAAGUAAAUAAAGUGCAUUUAGGAACAGAAAUGAAUAGGACACACAAGGGAAAAUAUAACAUAUAAACAUUUAUAAAUAAAAUAAAUGCAGGAGGCAGGAGGUCCUUGUGCCACUGGGCCUAGCUAAAUUGUGUAUAUAUCUGAAAAAGAUAC